AUUCGAAAAACACACAAAGAAGAAGAGGAAGAAGAAUUGUGGGAUUGCAAUGGCUGCUCCCUAGUCUGUAAACAUUCGCGUUGUGUUUAUGAAAGCCGCAGUUGAAAUAUUUUCCAGUGACAGCUACAGGUUCGUAAUUUCCUCCAUUACUUACCCGUCUAUUAGUUUACGUCAAAUAAUGAACUUGAUGUGAGAAUUUCUGCAUUUUAGACCCAAAUAAACAAGCGGCAGUUCUCCGCAGUUUGCCGCCCGGCCUUGUCGGGACAGAACCUGAUAGCUCGCAGGCUAGCUGAGGCUGGCUGCUCUAUCUGAGAUAAUGGAUGAAGAUUUGUCCAUGCAUAGGCUGGAAGGGACUGAUCCAGCUGCUGAAGUUGGUGGACUGAUAGUAAAGAAAAAGAGUGCUGCUGCAGAGCCCCAUGUUUUUCGGGCACCCACUCCACGCACCUCCUUGCUGGGCUUGGAUCUGCUGGCAGCCCAGAAAAGGAAGGAGCGUGAGAGUAAGGAGCAGGCAGACGCUAGUGCCGAGGACAGAAAUAGAAAGAAGUCAAAGGUUUCCUCCUACAAGGACUGGGAGGAAGGUAAAAGUGACUCUGAAUCUGAUGAAGAAGACGAUGAUAACAACAGGGAUGAUAAGAAGGAGAGUAGGAAGUAUCGUGUGACUGGCUCCGAGACACCCUCAAACCCCGGAGGGGUCAGCGAAGAGUUCCGCCGCAGACACCAGCAGAGAGAGAAAGACAGACGUGAGCAUGGAGUGUACGCUUCGUCCAAAGAUGACAAGAACAGAGACAAAGACAAAGACAGGAGCAGAGAUAAGGGGAGAGACCGAAGGAGUGAAAAAGAUGAGCGAGAGAGCAGCCAUAGCCGUGGCAGCCGGUCGGAGCGUUCGGAGCGCGGUGAGAGGAGUGAGCGCUCACAGAGAGAUGGCUGGUCCGAUCGCAUCAGCCGGGGGAGUAAGAGAGAGGAACCCCUGACGCCACAGCAUCGCCCCAGAGAUUCUUUCACACCCUCACGCUCCAACUGGGAGGAGGACGACAGUGGUUAUGCCAGUUCCCGGCUUUCCCAGUGGGAGUCUCCGUCCCCCGCCCCGUCUAACAAAGAGAUGGAUCGCUCAGAGCGAAGCCAUCGCUCCGGCCGAGAGAGUGAGAGGAGAGACAGGUCAAUCAGAGGCCGUUACCCCGACGACACACCUCUGCCUACCCCAUCAUACAAGUACAACGAGUGGGCCAAUGACAGAAAGCAUUUAGGUUCUACACCUCGUUUAUCACAAGGAAAAGGUAGGAAAGAAGAUGGUGUGGGGGGAAUUAUGUUUGAUAAUGUAGAUGAGAAAGACCAGUGGGAGGAGGACCAAAAGCAAGCAGACAGAGAUUGGUACAUGAUGGAUGAGGGCUAUGAUGAGUUCCACAACCCUUUCACGACCACCUCUGAAGAAUAUGUAAAGAAGAGAGAGCAGAUCCUUCAGAAGCAGACUCAAAAAAGAAUAUCUGCCCAGAAGCGACAGAUCAAUGAGGAUAAUGAGCGGUGGGAGACCAACCGUAUGCUGACCAGUGGUGUGGUGCAGAGGUUGGAGGUGGAUGAAGACUUUGAGGAGGACAAUGCGGCUAAGGUUCACCUUCAGGUUCACAACCUGGUUCCUCCCUUUCUGGAUGGAAGAAUAGUCUUCACUAAGCAGCCAGAGCCUGUCAUCCCUGUGAAAGAUGCUACCUCUGACAUGGCCAUCAUCGCUCGUAAAGGCAGCCAGCUUGUCCGUAAACAUCGUGAGCAGAAAGAACGCAAGAAGGUUGGCUGGAUUAUUUACUACUAUUAUUGUUGUGUGUAUAUAGACCCCCCACUGUGGAUGGAAUCAUGUUUGUCGUGGAUGCAGGAUACUGUUGUAUCCCGACGUACUGAUUUGAAACUCAUAGUUACCUCUGCAACUAUGGACUCAGACAAGUUUGCUGCAUUUUUUGGCAACGUACCCAUUUUCCACAUUCCAGGAAGAACAUUUCCCGUAGACAUCUUGUUUAGCAAGACUCCUCAGGAGGACUAUGUGGAGGCAGCAGUGAAACAGGCCCUGCAGAUCCAUCUCAGUGGGUUGAUAGGAGACAUCCUCAUCUUUAUGCCUGGGCAGGAGGAUAUUGAGGUGACGUCCGAUCAGAUCGUGGAGAGGUUGGAGGACUUGGAAAAUGCUCCUGCUCUGGCCGUGCUUCCCAUCUACUCCCAGCUGCCUUCCGACCUCCAGGCCAAGAUCUUCCAGAAGGCUCCAGAUGGUGUGAGGAAAUGCAUUGUCGCAACAAACAUCGCUGAGACCUCCCUCACUGUGGAUGGAAUCAUGUUUGUCGUGGAUGCAGGAUACUGCAAACUUAAGGUUUUCAAUCCUCGCAUUGGAAUGGAUGCUCUACAGGUUUAUCCCAUCAGCCAGGCUAAUGCCAACCAGCGUUCUGGCAGAGCAGGACGUACAGGACCAGGACAGUGUUACAGGCUGUACACUCAGAGCGCCUAUAAGAACGAGAUGCUGACUACCACCAUACCAGAGAUCCAGAGGACCAACCUGGCCAAUGUAGUCCUGCUGUUGAAGUCUCUGGGUGUUCAGGAUUUGCUCCUCUUUCACUUCAUGGAUCCACCACCUGAGGACAACAUGCUCAACUCCAUGUACCAGCUCUGGAUCCUGGGAGCUCUGGACAACACAGGUGCUUUGACACCGACGGGGCGUCUGAUGGUGGAGUUUCCCCUCGACCCUGCCCUCUCCAAGAUGCUGAUUGUGUCCUGCGACAUGGCUUGCAGUGCUGACAUCCUUAUCAUUGUCUCCAUGCUCUCUGUGCCGGCCAUCUUCUACAGACCGAAGGGUCGUGAGGAGGAGAGUGACCAGGUGAGGGAGAAGUUCUCAGUCCCAGAGAGCGACCACCUCACCUACCUUAACGUCUACAUGCAGUGGAAGAACAACAAUUACUCCAGCAUCUGGUGCAACGACCACUUUAUCCACACCAAGGCCAUGCGCAAGGUACGUGAGGUGCGCUCCCAGUUAAAGGACAUCAUGGUCCAGCAGAGGAUGAACCUGAUUUCCUGUGGGUCGGACUGGGAUAUCAUCAGGAAGUGCAUCUGUGCUGCAUACUUCCACCAGGCUGCCAAGCUCAAGGGCAUUGGUGAAUAUGUGAACGUGAGGACAGGCAUGCCAUGUCACCUCCAUCCUACCAGCUCCCUGUUUGGUAUGGGCUACACUCCCGACUACAUCAUCUACCACGAGCUCGUCAUGACCACCAAGGAGUACAUGCAGUGUGUGACUGCAGUGGAUGGGGAGUGGCUGGCAGAACUUGGACCCAUGUUUUACAGCAUCAAACAUGCAGGAAAAAGUAGACAGGAGAACCGUCGCCGGGCCAAGGAGGAGAUCAGCAACAUGGAAGAGGAGAUGUCCAUGGCUGAGGAGCAGCUGCGAGCACGUCGAGAGGAGCAGGAGAAGAAGAGCAUCACUGGCACUGUUAAGGCUGUGAAAAUCGUCACACCAGGAAGGAAAGAAGAGGCCCCCAUGACGCCUAGAAGGACCCCUGCCCGCUUUGGACUGUAGAACUCCCCCCUGGAGGUUAAAGCCCACUAACCAACCAACCAUUUUGCCCCCCCCCCCUAGACUCAUUAUCAUCCAGACCUGGACCACACCAGCACAAGCAAACACAGUGUAACUUCCAGCUGCCAUUUGUCCCUCCCAGCAUGGCCAGAAUCAACUGCAGUUCAUGUAGAGACCACUAGAGUGAGAACUUGUAUAAGGCACAAGAGUCAAAGACGUAGCCUGGUCCAUCAAAAAAAUGUCUCCCUCCACCUUCAUCAGCUGAUAGCUGUUUCCAUGAUACAUUUUAAGGAAUAAAAGGACUGUUGUUUUUUUGUAUAUUCAGUAUUUAUAUGUUGUCAUUACUGAAGUGUUUUACAGAUGUCUCUAUACAGUAAUGAUUUUACUUGAGCUAGGAACAUUUAAUUUUCUAUGUUCUGUUGCAUUUUCUCCAUUUUGAGUAUAUUAUCAGAGGGAAAUAGUGAUCUAAUUUUAAUUUUACUUGUCUUUGUGUCCUUGCAUUUACUAGUUAUUGUACUGUCGUGGCUUGAGCAGCCACAUGAAGAGUUGACCAUUAAGUGCUCCUCUACGGACUGAAGCACUAUUCAAACUGUGCUUGUGGCUUGAGUGUCUUCAGACUCUAGAGUUGUGUUGUAAUAUCCCCCAAUACACACACACAACACUCAUGCAGGCUUAGGCAAUUGACCUUUUUCUACUCUCUGUUAACCUUGUUCCACCAAUGUAAUGUACCACAGCUUUGCUUCAUAAAAAACAUCACGCUGGAUUAAACAUAUCAACUGUU